AUGGAAAAAGUAGUUGGCUCUCUAGACGGCGCUGACCUUGGAGUUUUAGCUGCCUACUUUGUUAUCGUCUUUGCUGUCGGCAUCUGGGUACGACAAUUUGUUCUUUUUAUCAUUAAAAAUCUAAAGUCAUCAUGUAGGAAUCGCGGUUCAGUCGGUGGUUAUUUCUUGGCCGGCAGGUCAAUGAAUUGGAUUCCGGUAAGCUUUAACUUUGUAGGAAUUGACGAAUAGGUCGGCGCAUCGGUCUUUGCAAGUAAUAUCGGCUCAGGACACUUCGUCGGUCUGGCUGGUUCUGGUGCUUCCUCGGGAAUUGCCAUUGCCGCCUUCGAGUUUAACGUGGGUCGACAUUUGUCCCAUUAAUAAUUAUUUUAGGCCGUUUUUGUCCUAACUUUUUUGGGAUGGCUGUUUUUGCCCGUGUAUAUUGUCUCUGGGGUAAUACGAAGUUUUAUAAUGAUUGGUGUUAGAUUGUUACCAUGCCUGAGUACGUCCGAAAACGGUUUGGCGGACAGCGUAUCAGGGUUUACCUCUCAAUCGUGGCCUUACUUCUGUAUAUUUUUACGAAAAUCUCGGUACGAAUCUAUAUAUAA